AUAUUUGAACAGUAUGAUGAAUUGUUAUUACCUAGACAGAGCUCAUACAAUUGAUGUACAAUAGAAUGGGCUCUGUAGACUGCUUCCAAACAUUAUUAUCAGGCAGCUGCCAUGCAGUCUAGCACCAAUCCAAGCAGGUUUUGGUGCUCUGAACAGCUUGAGCUGCUGUACAAAGGGAAUAAAUGCUUUCAUUCAUUCAACUUAGAAUUUAUGGGUGUCAUGAAUCUGCCAGAAAAUUGUAAUUUGAUAAACAUCAGAAAAAACAAAAUUAGAGCUGUUUAAGUGCUAGGUGGUACGGUGAAUAGAGUGCUGAACCCAGGAAAACUCAUCUUUACGAGUUCAGUUCUAGCCUCAGGUACAUUCUGACUGUAUGACUUUAACAAAUUAGUCAUGUGGGACGAUGACACUUACCCAAAUUAAAAUCGGAGAGUCAAAGGAAGGAGACUUCUGCUCCUAAUGGUCUUUGCAGCGCAGUGCUGUGCAGCCGAGCAGGAGCUUCCUGGUCCAGCCCAGCACUUAACCUGCCUAGGAUCAAGGGAAUGACUCGUGUAUCACUAGUAUCAUCUCUUGGAGGAUCUCCUGGAGAGAGAAUGGACACUGGAGUGUUGCAUUUCUAGAGUUGAGAGAUGUCUUAGGCGUGUGUGUAGGCUUUAUUACUAUUGUACUUCAAGUUUAUGACCAGUUUCUUCCCACCUCCUACAGAUUGUACAUUUUUCUGGAAGACGUAUGUAGGAAAAUGCUUUCUGGAAAUACAUUUACAGGAAUUGUACAUGUAUAACCUACAUCAGAUUGCUUGAAGUUUUGGGGAAGAAGGUGGGAGAAAAAAAUCUGAAAUUCAAAAUUGUUAAAAAAAAAAAAUCAAUGUUGAAAACUAUCUUUACAUAUAAUUGGAAAAAAUGAAAUACUAUUUUAUAUUAAAAAAACAUUACUCUUUUUUUUUUUUUAAAGGACUUAGGAGCUUUUUUAUGGUCAUGUUUUAAAGGUUUUUUUUUUUUUUUUUUUUAAUGUUUUUGUUUCUUGUUGUGUAUAUGGCCACUGACUAAAGGCAUUAUUGUGGUGAUUUUUUUCUUCUUUAAAAUAAUGGUAUAAGAUAAGUUCUCUCUGGGUGAGAAUGCAGGUUCCUCGGGGAGGUUUUCUGGGGGCAGCCUUAGUAUCAGUUCAGAUCAAUAAUUAUGCCAAAUGUAGCCAGCUGCAUGUAUUUCUCCUUCCAAGUCUAUCCAAGGCCCGGAUAGCUAGAUUCUUAGAGGCCUAUCUUUCUGCUCGGUUCCAAGAGCUCCCUCUGAAUAUCUCCCAAUCCAAAGGCUAGUCCUUCAGCCCAGCAGUCAAGUGGAAAAUGGAAUAGAUCUCUCUUGCCUCAGAGAGUGGACUUCUGGAGUAAUUCCGCUGAAAUCUGUCUGAGAGCCUCUGUCUCUUAUAUAUGAGAAAGAGGAAUUAUGGGAUAGGAGAGAGAGGAAUUAUGGGUUUUCUCCCAUAGUGUUGGCCUAAGAGCUUCAAGGGAGAUGUGAAUUCACAAAGUUACAAAGUUUACUUUGUGAAUCUCCCAUACUUGUGAACUCCAAUGAGUAAAGGUGUAAACACAAGCACUGUAUUAAUUAGUUCUACUUGGUACCUUGUUUCAGGUUCUGGCCCAAAACAUCUUGUAAGAUUAGAUCAAUAAUCUAUCAACUCUAAUGAGUUAGCAGUUUGUAAAGAUUCCAACACAUUAUGGGAGCUAAAUUUUCUAAGCAAAGAACUCAACUUUUCCUUAAGUGAAAAGCAGAAUGUUUGAUUGCUUUUUAAGAGCAGGGACACAGAACACAAGAUCUGCUCUAGCUAUCUGCUAACCUUCAGUUCAACAAGCAAUCAUCCAAGUGUUACUCUCCGGCACAACUUUUAAUCUCUUAUCUCUGCAUUUUUGUUUGCUCAGGAUGCAAUUCCACUAUUAUCUCUUAGAAACCGGAACUUCAUUUUAAAGUUCAGUAGCACUGUCUCCUCCCAGCUGGAAAUUUUCCUGAUCCCCUUCAAUUAGUUUGUAUAUUUUGUACUUACUUAUUUGGAUAAAUAGUAAGUUCCCCAUGGUAGGUGACUAUGUUUCCUUUUGACUCUUAACCCAGGGACUAAUACUCUUUUAGUACUUGAAGAAUCAAUCUCUGAGCUUUCAUUAUUCUUAAAAUAAGGGUGCAUAGAACUAAAGGAAGGACAGGUUUUCAAAUCUGGCUGUAGGACCCUGGGCGAGUCACUUAUCUCUGUUUGCCUCAAUUUCUUCACCUGUAAAAUGACUGAAGAAGGAAAUGGCAAACUGCUGUCAUGUCUUUACCAAGAAAACUCCAAAGGGUGUUGUGAAGAGCUGGAUAGGACUGAGGAACUAGAAAAUGUCUUUUAUAACAUUCUGAUCUCAAAUGUCUUUCUUAGAAGUGGGUUAAACCCCUCCAUACACGUUCUGACAUCAGUAAUUUGGGGGAAAUUCUGCUCCUUAAAAGUUCAGCCUCUCUGUUCUUUGUGCCUUGAAUCUGCUAAACCAUUCUGCUGUGUAGCAGAAGCAGCAUUGGAUCUGGGUGAGAAUCCCCCAGGGACGGAAUCUGGCUCUGCUACUUCUUUCUCUGUUGGGCAAAGUCCUAGCCAAUUAGCACCUUUUGUUGGAUCCCCAAACUGGGCAGGACCUUGUUAGUCUUGAAGGAAUCACGAUCUAGCUAAGACCUGAUACCCGCCCUCGGAGAGUUUACAGAUCUGGUCGUCUUUCCUUCUCCCGCCCUGGGAAGGGUUGUAGUUUUGCCAUUUGACAGAAGGGGAAACUGAGGCAAACCGCAGUAGCUUUCCCCGAACCACGCGGCUUAAGUGACCGGCCACACAAAGGUGACUUCACACGCUUUUACACUCCAGGUCAGAUUUAGGACUUAAUUACGGCCUCUUUACCCUUCAGCACUUGUUUCCUCACCCAUAAAAGAGAAAUAAAGUCUCUCUGAAUUGAACCCAAUUCAAGAAGCGAAGGCACCGGACCCUUUUCUCACCAGCCAGGAAGUGAGAAAGAAAAGUUGGGGUAGAUAAAAGGCGAACUCGAAAUUGGAGGCUGCCCUCCCCAGGUUUCUUAUCUAUCGCUCUCAUUGAAUUGUAAACUUUGGUCUUCCCAGCCAGCAGAGGGCAGCGUAAGGAACAAACUGAAGGGAAUCAGGCCCGAGUUAGGCCUUCCGGCGUCUUGCCGUGGAGGGGAGGGUUUCUUUUGCUUUGCCGCCUCUGAUUGGCCUCCGCCAAUGAUCACGGGGCCGGAGGCGGGGCUUCCUGCGGUGAGUCGGCCGGCAUGGCGGGGCGACUGCUGAGGAAGCGCGCCCAGGAGGCGGCCAUUAUCCUGGGCGGGGGAGGCCUGAUCUUCGCCUCCUACCUGACAGCCGUGGGCGACGAGCACUUCUAUGCCCAGCACCUGAUGCCCACGCUGCAGAGGCUGCUGGACCCGGAGCAGGCCCACAAGCUGACCGUCCGCUGCAUCUCCCUGGGCCUCCUCCCGAGCCGCGCCCGGCCCGACUCCGGCCUGCUGGAAGUGCGGGUCCUGGGCCAUAGAUUCCGAAAUCCUUUGGGAAUGGCUGCAGGCUUUGACAAGCAUGGAGAAGCAGUGGACGGACUUUAUAAGAUGGGCUUUGGUUUUGUUGAGGUGGGAAGCGUUACCCCAAAACCUCAGGAAGGAAACCCUAAGCCCAGAGUCUUCCGGCUCCCAGAAGACCAGGCUGUCAUUAACAGAUAUGGGUUCAACAGUCACGGACUCUCAGUGGUGGAGCACAGGUUACGAGCCCGGCAGGAGAAGCAGGCUAAGCUCACAGAAGAUGGCAUGCCGCUAGGAAUAAACCUGGGAAAGAAUAAGAGCUCCUCAGAUGCUGCGGCUGAUUACGUAGAAGGAGUUCGAGUGAUGGGGCCUUUGGCAGACUACUUGGUGGUGAAUGUUUCCAGUCCUAACACUGCUGGAUUGAGGAAUCUGCAGGGGAAAGAGGAAUUACGCCAGCUGCUGAGCAAGGUGCUGAAAGAGAGGGACGCCUUAGAGGGUGGACACAAGCCUGCAGUACUGGUGAAAAUUGCCCCGGAUCUCACAACCCAGGAGAAGAAGGAGAUCGCCAGUGUGGUCAGGGAGGUGGGCAUCGAUGGCUUGAUAAUCACCAACACGACCGUCAGUCGCCCCGCCAGCCUCCAGGGAGCACUUCGAUCUGAAGUGGGAGGAUUGAGUGGGAAACCCCUCCGAGACAUGUCGACCCAGACUGUGAGUGAGAUGUACUCACUCACCCAAGGCAAAAUUCCCAUAAUUGGUGUCGGUGGGAUCAGCAGUGGGCAAGAUGCGUUGGAGAAGAUCCGCGCCGGUGCCUCAUUGGUCCAGAUGUACACAGCAUUUACCUACGGGGGACCCCCCGUGAUAGGGAAAAUCAAGCGGGAGUUAGAGGCCCUUCUGAAAGAGCAGGGUUUCAGCCAACUCACAGAUGCGAUUGGAGCAGAUCAUCGGAGCUGAGCAGAGCAUUCUUUGUGAUGUCAUGACCUCUUUGGAUGAGAAGAAUCCACCUUGAAGCAGAUCCCAGAAGACUUGACUUGGCUUGACUGGACUAUAAAGAACAAUGUCAUAGAGACUUCAGAGAACUUUUGUGGCCUGUUCUCACUAUGAACCUCAAUUAUGAUUCUUUUAAAAUUCAAGCCCCAAGAGCUUUCAUUAUUGUGAAUAUUUUGUACAUAAAAAAAACUAUUAUAAAGUCAUAUAAAGUUUAUUUUUAGAACACUA